AUGACUAUUAAUGGAUGCAAUGAAAAUUUGCAAGCUCACGUUUUACAAGAGCAGGGAAAUCUUAUAGAACUACUCGAUCCAGCCCUCAAAUCUGACUACUCUUGGAAAAAAGCAAUCACAAUUUUAGAUUUAGUAAUGAUGUGCACUAACCCAUCCCCUACACUCAUGGCAACCAUGUCUGAAGUUGUAAAAAUCAUGGAAGGAAAGAGUAAGAUAAUUACCUCUAAAAUCAGUGUCCCUUACCCGAUGGAUGAAUUUACAACUGCCAAGGCCACCCCUCAAUCCAGGAGCACAUCACAGGAAGGGGCAUCAAACACUACUUUAUCUCAUUCUGUCAGCAAAGAGAUUGAAGAAUCUACUUUAUCUGCUGAUUAUACAGCUAAGAUGAUCAAUGGACAACGGGGGAUAUCAACAACCGAGUCAUCUUAG